ACAUGCUGUUACAUGUUAAAAAGUCACUAAAAAUUCAUCUACAAUUAUACAAAAUCUCAAGUUUCUUCAAUAUGCCUACUUAUAAUUUGUUGUUUUCCAUAACAUUCAAUUUCAAAUUCAAUCUUCAAGAACCCUAAAUUUUCUUCUCUUUUUCCACUUCAAUCAAUCUCUUUCACUCUCCGCUCAAAUGUCUUCCUAUGGUAUCCGUAAAGCUUCUUCUCGCUACGAUUCAUUCGAUUCGCAAGCUUCUUCACCAUCUUCUUCUGCUGAAUUCAAAUCAUUUCUGUCAAAUCCCAGAUUUUUAAUAAAAAAUGAAGUUUCCAAAACCAAUGCUAUUAUCAAAACUAAUUCUGUUAAAAAUGAGCAGAGUUUUACAUCUAUGGUGAAGAAUUUCAUGGAGAAGAGAACAGUAGGCAGUUCUAAAUCUAAAAUGACAAAAAAUAAUGGUGAUCGAGCAUUGCAGCUGGUUAUUCCUGCAGAUUUCAUUGCACAGGAUUUGAAAAAAUCUGCUUGGAAAGGAUCAAAUUUGAGUAAUCUUCCUACGAAAUUGUUUGGUAAAGCAUCGAAUUCGAGCUCAACCUCGGGUGAGAAGAAGGAAAAGGCAUUGAUAGAGGUGAAGACGAAUACGAGGACUUUAGCAAUGGUGCUAAGGAGUGAAAGGGAGCUUCUUAGCUUGAAUAAAGAUCAGGAGGCGGAGAUUGCUGAGCUUAAGUCUUUGCUUCAGGAACGCAAUCUUGAAGUAGAGAAGUAAAAGGAUUUAUGCUUGAAGCAAAGAGAAGAGAUAAAGGCGCUGAAAAGCGCUGUUUUGUUUCCGGAAGAGAUGAACUUAAAACUACAACAGCUGUUAGAGAAGCAAGGUUCAGAACUCAAUCAAGCAAGGCAGGUCAUUCCUACUCUUCAGAGGCAAAUUUCUUCUCUCACGGGUCAGCUACAAUGCCUUUCAGAGGACAUCGCUGAGGUUAAGGCAGUGAAGUACACAUGCAAGGCAUAUAGCUCACCAAGAACACCAAUAUAUGAUCAAGAAGAGGCUGCUAAUUACCUGGAUUUCAGCGAUGAUGAUUCAACUACACCUGACAGUCUAGAUGACACGUUGAUGAAUGAUGUGAACCCGUGCUUGACACCAUGCUAUUCAAAGAUGAAAUCUACGGUACAUGCCACACUCUUUCCAACUCAAGAUGUAUAGUGAUAUGCAAGCAUUUUUUACCUGUAUUUUUAUGGCAAUGGGUCAAUGAUAGCAUCAUUUUGCGAAACAGCUUUAAGAGCAAGUAUUUUGUUUCUCAAUCGAAUGAAUUGAGACAGUGGGGUGUGAUGAAGAUCUAGAGGUUUAUGAAGUGACUCGGAAAAUGAUGUCAAGAAGUUCUGAUCAUUUCAAAUGUUUGAGACUAGAAAGUAGCACGACUUGUGCAACUUUUCGCAACUUAGAUGAAAGUAAAUACAGGUACAAAAAGAGAAUAGAUCAUCAUGUUCUUUGAAGCAGAUACUUCUAUGUUUUUAGUGUCUUAUUUAUUUCGAGUUGUCAUUUACCGUGAGUUUUCCACGCUUAAUAAUAUUUUUUAAUAAGAUGAAGGUGACAAUUA